AUGCGGCGGGUUACUUUUUUCUCGUUGAACCGUGGGUCCGUUCGCCAUCUCUCUUUUACGGUUAGCGCUGGUGUUGAAGAAGGGAAGGCGACAGAGGCGGUUAAAAAAACUGCUUUUGUAGGUAACAUGACACUUCCCGCAGUGGAUCUGGCAUAUCGUAUUGUCUGUCCGUCCCUCAAAUUUCCUGCUACAAGCACCGGAAAAAAGGUGACGGGUUAUCGUGACCCAUGUGUUUUCUGGCGAGAGUACUACUCCUUUGAUCGUAGUAUGCCUUAUUAUCAUCACCUCCCGACAAACGUGAUAACGUUUGAGGUUCCAAACGGUUUUCUGACGCGUUUUCCGUUAUUUUAUCGCCGUCGUGGAUUUUUUGUAAAUUCGGAAAACCGUGUUUUCAGUAAAUCUACGACAGAGAAUCGUGGGAGUUCUGGAGAAAACUCUUCAGGAGGAGCCGAGGGAAAUAAUUCAUCUAUGCCACCUAGUGGGGACGGCAAACCUUCUUCUUCUUCUGGUACGUCACUUACACUAAAACAGAAACUUGCAGCCUAUGGCGGGGGUGGACUAUUAUUAUAUCUUAUUGUACACAAUGUGCUAUUGGCCUGUAUCUUCUUUUCACUAUACUUCCUUCACAUUGACUUGGUUGGAAUUGCGCGUUCAUAUGGGUUUAGUAUCAGGAGUGAUAAGGUGACAUCUGAUACUCUUGAUGAUGCUAAUAUUACAUCUACUGAAAAGAAGUAUCCAUCGUUUUGGGCUACCCUGGGAAUUUCAAUUGUGUUGAAUAAACUAUUAGUCCCAAUAGAGUUAGCAGUUACACUUAUGAUGGCACCUGUUCUCGUUCCCCGUCUGCAACCGUUUGCAUCAAGGGUUAUUCCACGCAUUAAAUCUAUGAUAAAUAGUCGUAAGGCAGAAUAA